UACUCCUUGGCUAGUAGUCGCAACGGAACUCAGUACAGCCGGAGCAAGCGGCAAACGCGGUGAGGGAGUCUCUCUCUCGACUUUCUGGCCACUCUCCGUGGCUCUCCUCCUCGCUUUCUCGUUUCCCGCUCUGGCUAAUCGUCGUCGUCGUCGUCGUCGUUGUUGUUGUCGUCGUCGUCGUCGUCGCCGUCGUCGUCAUCGUCGUCGUUCGUUCGUUGGUUGGUUCGCUCAGCUCUCCGGCUGCUAAACGGAGGAUUUAAAGGACCCCGUCGGACUCGCGAACUCCCAACAAGUGUCGUUCUACCCUACCGCCGCCCCUCGCUAGCUGCGGUUGGCUCGUUCAAAGUGCAUAAAACGGACAUUCUGAAACUAAACAAUAAACAAUAGGGAGAACCGAUCGAUACGAAAUCAUCGCUCGUAGCUACAAGCCCGUACACUUCGUUACAUCGACGUUUCACCUGCCUGACAUUAUCUGCAAAGGGAAUAAAGUUCACCACCGGUUGUGCUUCUGGUACCAACGCUACUGCUUCUCUUAGCCCGUUGGUUGUGGUUUAACGCUGAAAAACGUACAGCGAGAAGUUGCUGCCGGAGUGCGCGCGCGCUCGGUGUGCCACCGUCGUCCUCCUCCUCGUGGAACAACAGGGUGAGGAAUUAAACGGGGUGAGGGAAAAAGGGCCCACCCAGCGGCAGCAUGGAGCUGCUACCUCUGGCGUUGGCGUUUCUGUCGAGUGUACGCCUUACCGUCGGCGUGUCCGAAAGCAUAAUAGGAACCCGACAAACCUGCGACGUAGAGGGCGAAGAAGUCACGGUCGACAAGAUACCGAAUUCGAAAUGUUUCUCCUGCAUUUGCAAGAAUGGUUUCGUAGAAUGCCCCCAGCCAGAAUGUCCGAGUGUUGAGGGCUGCUACAUGCUACUGGAGGCACAAGAUGACGACUGCUGUCGCCGUUGUAAAGGGUGCAUGCACAACGGGGUUCACCAUCCGUCAGGCACCGAAUGGAGGGAUUCCAAAGAUCCUUGUAGAAUUCUGACGUGUAGAGCAGGUGUUGUAACGGAAUCAAAACUCCGUUGUCACACACCGUGUUCGAAUCCGACUCCAGCUGCGCCAGGACAAUGCUGUCCGAUAUGCACGAAAUGUUACGUGAACGGUCAAAAAGUCGCGGCUGACAGAGCGGUGACGACAACCGAGGAUCCUUGCUUGACUUGUCGCUGUGAAUCAGGCAGUUUAAAUUGCGCAAAACAAGCGUGUCCAGUUUUGCAUUGUCCUCAAUCCCGCAUGUUCACGGAACCCGGCAAUUGUUGCCCCCAAUGCAGAGGAAACAGAAGAUUCCUGUCGCCUCCGAAAGGUGCCUGCAUGUUGGGUCAGGCGAUCUACCCCUCCGGAGCACAUUUCACGCUCGAUCAAUGCUCAAAGUGCUCGUGUUAUAACGGAACGAUUAUUUGCACCAAGGAAACAUGCCCGGUAUUGGAAUGCGCUCUCGAAUAUCAGACCACACACCCGGGACGUUGUUGUCCCCAGUGCACGCAGAUCGAGGCGAUUCGAGCAUCUUGCAGUUACGGCGGUCGAACUUACGGGGAUGGCGAAUCUUGGAAAUUGGAUCCUUGCAAAUCUUGCGUUUGUACGCAAGGUAAGCCACGUUGCGCGAUGCACAUGUGCCCGCCGUUGACCGUUCCCUGUCCUCCGAAUUCCAAGUUGGAACACCCUCCGGAUCAGUGCUGUCCACGAUGCGUCGAGAGCGACGGAGUUUGCACGGUUUUCGGGGAUCCUCAUUACCGUACGUUCGACGGAAAGUUCUUCAGCUUCCAAGGAACUUGCAAGUAUCAAUUGGCCGCUGAUUGCGUCAACCACACCUUCAGCAUACGAGUAACGAACGACGGUAGAUCGACGAGAUCUUCCGCUUGGACAAAGAUGAUAGCGAUCAAGUUUGCGGACGUUAAGGUGAAUCUGGGUCAAAAAAUGCGCGUCAAAGUAAAUGGUACCAAGGUCAACGUACCGUACAAACUGGGCAAUAAAUUGGACAUAAACAGAACAGCGGACAGCGUGUUGGUGACGACGAACGUGGGCAUCAAAGUCCUCUGGGAUGGAAUUAGUUUCCUCGAGGUAUCGGCGUCCACAUCGUACAGAGGUAAACUGUGCGGCUUGUGCGGUAAUUUCAAUCUCCAACACAAAGACGACUUCAAAACCCGAAACGGUAAACUUUUACAAGACGCUAACCAGUUCGGAAAAUCUUGGAUGGUCGGCGCUAAAAAAUUGUGCGCGAGAUCGCGCAAGGAGUAUCCGUCGCACCCGGUGAAAAAAUGUCGAGGCAGGAAGGAUCACAGAUUUUGCAACCGGAUAAGAUCGGAGGUGUUUUACCCGUGUCACAAGAAGGUGAAUCCGGCGAUGUACUACAAAUCAUGUUUAACGGACAUGUGCGAGUGUCCGAUGGGCAGAUGUUACUGCGAAUCGUUUACGGCUUACGUCCACGAGUGCCAAAAAUUAGGAGUACAAUUGCCGCACUGGCGAGGACCUAUGAGAUGCCCGAGCGCCUGGUCGUCGGCUGGACUGAACGCGAUUGGAUUCAGAAGGGACAAUUCGCGACGACAUCUUCAUCAUUCGGGCAGGCAAUCGCUCGCUAUGCUUCAUUAAAAUAUUACCCAUUAAUUAUUUCAUCGUAAUUCGAGGCACAACGAGCGAGUGCUUCGCGACAAUUUUUUACUAGUCACUGCUUCAUGUCAAUACGCGUAGAUGAGCACCAACGCAGUAUUUUGGCCGAUUGAGCGGGCUCGCGGCGUUUACAUCUACAUCCCAGUGUAAUCUCAGCAUGUUAAUUUGAUCAUUAGGUUUCGUCAUGAUUCACAUCUCUCUCUCUCUCUCUGUCCGAAGCGAGAAUAUAAGUUAUGUAUAAAAUUGAAAGAAAAAAAAAAUGAUCAAAAAUAGUAAUAUGUAGAAAAUAUUCUAGGUCAACGUAGUACGGUCUCUAAAAUUAUAUUCCUCUUAUAUUACCAAGUUCGAAUGUAGUCGAAAUUUUUUCUUCAAAUCUAGUUAUUCUCCUGAAACUUUCAUUUUGUCAACAAUCUUUUAUCGUUGUACAACCGACACCGAAUACGAUAUUAAUAGACGAAUCGACGCUAAAUGUACAAUAACGACGAUGGUAAUAUAAAAAAAAAAAAGAAACAAGAAAAAUUUAGACACAAUUUUAUAUUAACGAUAAUACUGAUGAUAAUGGUAAUAUUGAUAACAGUAACAAUAAUAAUAAUUAUAAAGAUCAUAUAAAAUAUUAUUUUUAAUAUUGUAUCGCGAAACUGUAUGUCCGUGAAUUAACUAUAUCGUAUAAUAUACUUAUUUUUCUGUCGAUAUUAUUUGAUAAUAAUAGCGUAUUAUAUAAAAAUGUAUAAAAUAUGAGCAAACGAGCAAAUCCAGUGUGAUGUAAAGAGAGAUGUAGUGACGUGAUUCAACGUAUGUGUAUUUUACUGUAAAUGUCCAUUCAUUUUUUGUUUUUAUUCUUUUUGACAGUGGAAAAUCCGAAUUCGCGAAAACAACAAAAAAAAAAAAAAAACAGUCGUCAAUAUAUCCGCACCAGAAUAGAUAACGAAUCGAAAUUAAAAGAGAUUCUUCUCAUCUCGAACGUUACAUAUUAUAGCUGUACAUUUUUACGCAUACAUUACGAAUCGCCAUUAAAUUCAUAGACGAUUAUUAGGUUAAAACGUUAUGAAAAAAAAAAAGUGAUAUUAACAAUUACGAAUAUUACGUGUAUACAAUAUAAAACCGAAAGUGAAGAACGAAAUGAACUAACAAAAAAAAAAAAAAAAAAAAAACGAAAUAAAAAGCGAAAAAAAAUAAAAAAUAAAAUAUUCAAAGAUCUCUGAUGUCACAUGAUAAUUUAAAUAAUUAAAUUAUAAUAGUAUAUCAUCGACGUUAUUUAACUUCAUUAUUACCAUAUUGAUAUAUAGUUUCUCUAUAUUUUAUAUAAAAGAUGUUCAACGUUCCUGACGAUAAUAAUUCUUACAAAUAGAAACUGUAAUGUAUACAUAAUAUCUACAUACUGAUACUUAAGUACAAAAACGAUGUUGUAUAGUAAAUGAUAACGAAUCUUUAAGAUAUCCCUAUAAUAACUGAGAGUAUCGUAAGAAUUUGUCGCAUGUCGUCUCAAAUCAAAAUAUAUAUAUAUAAUAAUAAUAGAUUACAAUCACCAUUGAUGAAUUGCAAAAAAAAAUUCACCGUUAAAUUACGAAUGAUAAUCGCGGAGCUGCGAAUCGACUUUUACCGAUCACGGUGAAUACAAGAAAGAACAAUAAAUGAAAUGAAAUCAUAAGCUAAAUUCUUCACGAUUCAGAGACUUGAAAAAUUUUACAACCUGCACGAAUGUUACGUGGGUGAAAAAACUUGUCAGACUCGUGGGUGCGAAUUGUCGCGCUCCGAGAGAAAGAUAAAACCAAUAAAUGAAUAAUUAAAAUAAUCCAAAUGGAAGAAAAAACAAUUCCGUCGUAACGAUCAUACACGUACACCGUCAUUGUCAUUUGUCGUCGGAAAUUGUCGGGUGAAAUCAUCGAAACUAUCGUGAUAUUCCAAUAUAAAUCUAAUUCAUUAUACGACGACGAUUCUAUCAUGUGAUUUAUGGUUCAUUUUUAAUUUGAUCACGAGCUAUUACACAUAGAGAGAUUUAUAGCUUUUAAAUUGUAAUUAUUAUUAAUUGAUCAUUAAUAACGGAUAAUAAUAUUAUUGGUAGUAAUGAUGAUGGUAAUAAAAAUGAAUAACAAUACUAUGCAAGCUUACGUCGCUGUCUGUCGUAGCCACGAUUUUCCGUUAAUUUUCUUUGUCUCUCUUGUCUCAAUCUUUUCACUCGUAAAGCGUAUUAUUUAACAAACUACUACCAAAACCAUAGUGCUGUAGGUGUGCAACGUGAAAUAUAGUAUGAAUAUAUAUUUUUUACCAUAGACAUUAAAAAAUAGCAACAAUUGAAAGUAUAUUUACCGUUGAAGAUACAUCGCGAGUCGACAUAGGUCGCGAUGGUAUAAUCCGAAUCCAUACGAUUAAUAAUUAAUAUGAAAGUCCGAAUUGUAUUAAGAGAAAAGUCGCUGAUUAAGAUUCCACAUUGAUUAUGUCAAAAUACUUAUAUAAUUGUCGUUAUUAAUUAUAAAAUCUAUACAUAAUAUAUAAACAUUAUUUUAUCACA